AUGCCUAUGACUUGGGACGCCGCAGCCGAUGCUAAGCUGUUCACCGCCGUCAUGGCAGUCUACGACAUCAAAAUCUCCGGCGCCCAGAACGAGAGAAUCGCAAAACUGAUGGGCGAUGAUGUCACUCCCAAGGCCAUCACCCACCGUCUCUCGAAAAUCAAAAGUCAAGCCUUGGCUACUGGUCCCUCGACCCCAGGAACUGUCUCUCGCAAACGCAACGCUCCCGGCAGCAAGUCUACCUCUACCAAGACACCCGCCAGCACCAAGGGCAAAGGAAGCAAUGGCAAGACUCUCUCCGCAACCCACACCAUCACCACCAUCAUGCACGACAACGGCUCCGACGACGAAGAAGACUUCGACACCCCUACCAAGACCACCGACCUCAAGAAGAGAAAGCUUGGCGCUAAAGGACCUAAGAUCGAAGAUGCCGAUGCUUCGGGCUUCUUUCCUGGUAUGGGAGGAGACGACGAUGACAAUGGCGAUGCUAUUGACUUUAGUGUUGGUUACCCUGGCAAGACCAACAUCAAGGUUGAGAACAGUGGCAACGGAGGCAUUGUUGAUUUGACUGAGGAUGUGGCUGUCAAGGUCAAGAAGGAAGUCAUUGAGGUUGUGGACAUGGGUUCGGCUGAGAGCAACGAUGAUGAUGAGAUGGCUAUCUGA